AUGCCCAACCCCAUAACCACCCACGGCUUCACUUCCGUCCCCGCCUCUGCCACAACCCUCCUAACGUCAACACCCGCCUACCCAGCACCUACCAGCCAACCAAGCCCAAUCCCCGUCACCUCGACCCCAAUCCCAAACACACCACUGGCGCAGCGCAUCAAUAGCUACGCCAAAGCGCGUCUCCCCGAGCCGACAUACAACCACUCGCUGCGCGUGUACCACUUCGGGCUCGCGAUCAAGCAGUACCGGUUCGCGGCACAGGCAGACUGGCAAUUUUCCGAUGAAACAUACUUCCUGGCGUGCGUGCUGCAUGAUAUCGGAACUACAGAGGAGAACAUCACCGCAACGCAUUUGAGCUUUGAGUUCUUUGGGGGACUGCUUGCUAUGGAUGUGCUUCAGAAGAAUCCCAACGACAAUGUCGGCGGAGACGGCGGAAAUGGCCAGGGCGGAGCUCCGGCAGGUGUGGCGUCGCGCGACCAGGCCGAGAGCGUGGUCGAGGCUAUUAUCCGACACCAGGAUUUAUGCGAGGUCGGGAAGAUUACCGCACUAGGCCAGCUAUUGCAGUUGGCGACUAUCUUUGACAACACGGGCACCUAUGCCGAUCUGGUCCACCGGGACACGAUCAAGGACGUCUGCGCCCAUUUCCCGCGCCACCACUGGAGCAACUGCUUUGCGGCGACCAUUCGGCGUGAGAAUGGCCUGAAGCCGUGGGCGCAUACCACGGCGUUGGGCGAGGAGGCUUUUCCAGCCAAGGUGUUGGCGAAUACGCUGAUGGAGCCAUAUGAGUAG